AUGGCUCUUAUACAAGAAUUGAAGAACUCACUGAAUGCAGCUUUUAAAAUUAAGGACUUGGGGUCCCUAGGCUAUUUUCUAGGCAUGGAAGCAAAGAUUAGUGACAAUGGUUUGAAUAUUUUCCAAAGGAAAUAUGCACUUGAUAUACUCAAUGAUACAGGGUUUCUUGACUGCAAACCAAUAAACACUCCCAUGAUGCCAGGCUCUCUCUUAUCCAGUAAUGAUGGUACACCUCUGAGCGAUCCAAGCAGCUAUCGGAGGUUGAUAGGAAGAUUGUUGUACCUUACAGCCACUAGGCCCGACAUUACGUAUGCUGUACAUCUUCUAAGCCAGGUCUACCCCCAACCUCAAGGGUUUUCUGCUUCUGAUUGGGCAUCAUGUACUGAAACACGCAAGUCUGUAACGGGAUUCUGCAGUUUUCUUGGCACCUCUCUUGUUUCAUGGCGAUCAAAGAAACAAGCAACCGUAUCCAAGUCUUCAUCCGAGGCAGAAUACCGCGCCCUUGCUACGACAGCGUGUGAAAUACAAUGGCUAACCAGUUUACUCCAGGAUUUGUGUAUAAACAUAAGCAGCCCUGCAUCGGUUUACUAUGAUAGUAAAUCAGCUAUAGUAAUAGUAGAGAAUUUUUUCUUUCACGAGAGGACCAAACACAUCGUGAUCGAUUGUCAUAUAAUAAGGGAAAGGGUGGCUCAGGGACUAAUCAAGUUACUCUCGGUUGCUUCCAUCAACCAUCUUGCUGAUGGUUUUACAAAACCUCUAGCCUCUUCUCUGUUCAACGUUUUUGUGUCUAAGAUGGGUGUCCAAAGUUUGCACACUCCAGCUUAUGGGGGGGUAUUGGAAGAUGAAGGAUAG